AUGGAGAUAUUCGAAGAGCUGGGCAGCGAGAGGGAUAAGGCCAACGUCAUGUGCCUGGAGGCAGACACGCACUUUACCAACGGAAACAGCAACAAGGCAUUAGUGCUGGUGAAUAAGGCACUCGCCAUCUUCCAAGAGUAUCGGGAUUCCCGCGGCGAGUGGAUUGCGAUGAACAUCUUGGAACAGAUCACCGGACCUCCGGAUGCUUUGCCGUCGCAGUCGGACUGGACGGAUGAGCAGUGGGCGCAAUGGAACGCCUGGCAGCAGCAGCAACAGCAGCAGCAGCCGUCUGGUCAGCUGCCGCAGGCCAUCCAGCGCCAGACGCAGGAGCAGGCGGUGAGGCGACGUACUGAUCCAGGGCAGAAGUUGGACAUGGCCCAAGUAAGUACCGACACAGUCCGCAAGAGAGUGGAGGAGAUCGUGAGGUUCACGGCCGACCUGGACGACAGCGAGGCAAUUGAGCUUGACCAGCCGCUCAUGCAGGUAGGCGUGACCAGCCGCACAGCCGUCGGUCUCCGGAACAUGCUCAGCGAAGAGCUCCCGGGCGUCGACAUGCCCUUCACGCUGAUCUUCGACUACCCUUCCGUGGCCGCCAUCUCCGACCACAUCAUGGACAACAUCGAUGCUGUUGGCUGA